UUGGAAGGUAAAAUUAUCUACAUUUUUCAUCAAUUUCUUAAGUUUAUAUAAGAUUGUGGUGGAUUUGAGGAAAAACCCAGAUGAUUUAAAUUUGUGGGUAUGUAUUAAAAUCUGUGAAAUUUGAGAAAAAGGAAGGAAUUUGUUUUUUGUAGCAAUUAUGGAGGUUAGGGUAUCAUUAUUGAAGUUGGUAAUUUUGGGGGUUUUAUUAGCUUAUUGUACUAUUACAAUUGUUGAAUCACAACAACAAUCCCAAGAAUCUCAACAACAACAACAACAACAACAAUCUCAACCUUCACAAACAAGGCAAGGUGAAGUAGAUACACAACAACCACCACCACAACAACCACCUCCCCAACAACCACCACCUCCACAACAACCACCACCACCAUCACCACCUCCUCCUUCUCCUCCCCCGCCUUCGCCUCCGCCUCCAUUUUCUCCCCCUCCUUUGCCUUCACCACCCCCUCCUAUAUCGCCGCCUCCGAGUAUUCCUCCUCCACCAUUAUCGCCAUUGCCUCCGCCUCCGCCACAACACCGUCACGCUCAACAACCACACAAUGUGGCCAAUCCCAAUUCUCAAGCUAGCAAUGGGAGUUCCAAUCUCAAUACGGGUAAAAAGAUUGGAUUGCUGUUUGCUGGUAUUGCUGUCAUUUUGCAAAUUGGGGUGAUCAGUUUUCUAGCUUUUAAGAGGAGACAGCUUUAUAAGAUGCGUGGCUAAAAUCAUUCAUUGGUUUAUGAGUUAUGACUUAUGAAAUAUGAUGGAGAAGCAGAGUUUUCCUUUUAGUAUUCACUUGUUAUGCUUUAGUGAUUAACUUUUAUAUGGCGGAAUUCGGAUUGGAUUGGAUUGAAUUGAAGUGGUGGGUAUAGUGGGUGAAUGGUGAGGAGGAGAGAUAGGAUUUAAUCAGUUUUUGGGAAGAUUUGAGGCAUUGGAAUUUGAGCAACGGAGGAGGAUUAUUCAUUUGGGGUUCUUCUUUCUGUAAAUGGGGUAAAUCUUUGAUUGUUUUUCUUCUUUUUUUUUUUGAUAUUUUUCCCUUCUUAAAUUUGUGUUGAGAUUCAUAUAUCUUGUUUUUAAUACAUUGACUUAUAAUUCAUACUUGGGAACAUGGAGUUUUUACCCCUCCAUAUUCUUGUACUGGUUUUAUUUUUACUAACAAUUGACCUAGAUGGCUAACGUUGUACAAUAUGACUGUAAAUUAGAGGAGCUAUGAAUAUGUUUUAAUUAAAGCAGGUUUCAUACUUUGUUA